CCAUGAGUGUCUCUGCACUGAGCCCCACCCGCUUCACAGGCAGCAUUUCUGGCUUCCUCCAAGUGGCCUCCGUGCUUGGUCUGCUUCUGCUGCUGGUCAAAGCAGUCCAGUUCUACCUGCAAAGGCAAUGGCUACUCAAGGCUUUCCAGCAGUUCCCAUCACCUCCCUUCCACUGGUUCUUUGGGCACAAGCAGUUUCAAGGUGACAAAGAACUACAGCAAAUUAUGACAUGCGUGGAGAAUUUCCCAAGUGCCUUUCCUCGAUGGUUCUGGGGAAGCAAAGCCUACUUAGUUGUCUAUGACCCUGACUACAUGAAGGUGAUUCUCGGGCGAUCAGAUCCAAAGGCCAAUGGCGUCUACAGAUUGCUAGCUCCUUGGAUUGGAUAUGGUUUGCUCUUGCUGAAUGGACAACCGUGGUUCCAGCACCGGCGAAUGCUAACCCCAGCCUUCCACUAUGACAUUCUGAAACCCUAUGUGAAAAACAUGGCUGACUCCAUUCGACUGAUGCUAGACAAAUGGGAACGGCUGGCAGGUCAAGACUCCUCUAUAGAAAUCUUUCAACAUAUCUCCUUAAUGACCCUAGACACUGUCAUGAAGUGUGCCUUCAGCCACAAUGGCAGUGUUCAGGUGGAUGGAAAUUACAAGAGCUAUAUCCAGGCCAUUGGGAACUUGAAUGACCUCUUUCACUCCCGUGUGAGGAACAUCUUUCAUCAGAAUGAUACCAUCUAUAAUUUUUCUUCCAAUGGCCACUUGUUCAACCGUGCUUGUCAACUUGCCCAUGAUCACACAGAUGGUGUGAUCAAGCUAAGGAAGGAUCAGCUGCAGAAUGCGGGAGAGCUGGAAAAGGUCAAGAAGAAAAGACGUUUGGAUUUUCUGGACAUCCUCUUAUUUGCCAGAAUGGAGAAUGGGGACAGCUUGUCUGACAAGGACCUACGUGCUGAGGUGGACACAUUUAUGUUCGAGGGUCAUGACACCACAGCCAGUGGAGUCUCCUGGAUCUUCUAUGCUCUGGCCACACACCCUGAGCACCAACAAAGAUGCAGAGAGGAAGUUCAGAGUGUCCUGGGGGAUGGGUCCUCCAUUACCUGGGAUCACCUGGACCAGAUUCCCUACACCACCAUGUGCAUCAAGGAGGCCCUGAGGCUUUACCCACCUGUUCCAGGCAUUGUCAGAGAACUCAGCACAUCUGUCACCUUCCCUGAUGGGCGCUCUUUACCCAAGGGUAUCCAGGUCACACUCUCCAUUUAUGGUCUCCACCACAACCCGAAGGUGUGGCCAAACCCAGAGGUGUUUGACCCUUCCAGGUUUGCACCAGACUCUCCCCGACACAGCCACUCAUUCCUGCCCUUCUCAGGAGGAGCGAGGAACUGCAUUGGGAAACAAUUUGCUAUGAGUGAGAUGAAGGUGAUUGUGGCCCUGACCCUGCUCCGCUUUGAGCUACUGCCAGAUCCCACCAAGGUCCCCAUCCCCUUACCACGACUUGUGCUGAAGUCCAAAAAUGGGAUCUACCUGUAUCUCAAGAAGCUCCACUAAUUCUGGACUUCUUCAUUAUACCAAUAAUCAACGGUCACAACCUUGAUGGUCGGAAAUAACAGAACGUUAUUAUCUUACAGUUGUGGAGCUCCGAAAUCUGAAAUGAGUUUCACUGGCAGAAAGCUGAGUUGGUGGUGUGACUAGCCUUCUUCAGAAGAGUGCUUCAGAGAGUCCUCUCCUCCUCUAUUCAGUACAGAUCACCCUUCUCGGCACUGGAAUAUUCCUCUGCUUUAAAGCCAGCACCCUUCCCAUACCCCCUCUUCUAAAUGCCUUCCCUUUUACAAAUGCUCUUAUGACAUCAUCAAGACCACUAAAAAACUCCAAGAUAAUUUCCCAUCUCAAUAUUCCUUACUCCAUCUAACCUACUAAGUCUCUUUUGAAUUAUGAGGAAUAAUUCAACUUGUUCCAUGGGCUCCAAAACUCAAGGCCUGAACAUUAUUGUGAAGCCUUUAUUCAGCCUAGUAUCAUCUUCACAAGACUGUCACCUGGGACAUUCAUCUAAGUCUCCCCUGCAUAGACUCUCUCUACCUGACUAUUCCUCACACAAGUUUCUUUGUCUUCCCUCCUUUCUCCAAUAAAGUGUCCAGUGUCCUGCAC